AUGGACGGGCAAAGCUCCAGAGACGACCAUCAUCUGCCUCGUCCUCAAACGGUCAGAAAGUCCUGGAAGGCAUACUACAAGCACCGUCAGCACCGGGUCCAUCGCCGGCUCUCUCGCUGGCAUGCUCGCAUACCAUACUUGCGGAAGCUCCCUCUUCGGGCCAUCCUGAUCAUCGCCUUCCUGAUCUUCGUCAACCUCGUCGUCUGGGCAAUAUGCGGCCUCAUUCUCUCGUCACAUACACAUCUCCUCUCCACGGCUGCGUUGGCAUACACACUGGGUCUCCGCCACGCUCUCGACGCGGACCACAUCUCAGCAAUUGACCUGAUGACCCGGCGACUCAUAGCUACGGGCCAAAGACCCGUCACCGUGGGCACAUUCUUCAGCCUCGGGCACAGCACCAUCGUCAUCAUCACCUCGAUUGUCGUUGCGGCCACCGCAGCAGGCAUUGCCGGCCGCUUUGACAGUUUUGGCACCGUCGGCGGGAUCAUCGGUACCUCCGUAUCAGCGGCGUUCCUCAUCCUGCUGGGCAUCAUGAACGCCUACAUUCUCUACAAGCUGAUCGUGCAGAUCAGGAAAGUCAUCCGCCUUCAACCGGAACAAGAAGGCCAAGAGGCCUGGAAGAUCGAAGGCGGCGGCUGCUUCUUCCGCCUCCUGAAACGCAUGUUCAAACUCAUAGACCGGCCCUGGAAGAUGUACCCGCUCGGCGUCCUCUUCGGGAUGGGCUUCGACACCAGCUCCGAGAUCGCGCUCCUGGGCAUCAGCAGCAUUCAAGGCGCAAAGGGCACGAGCAUCUGGCUCAUCCUCAUCUUCCCGGUCCUGUUCACGGCGGGGAUGUGUCUCGUCGACACCACCGACGGAGCAUUGAUGAUGAGCCUGUACGUCGCACCCAUGGGUAUGGGUGGAGACGACAAAAAAGAUACCUCCAAUCAACAAGCACAAGCGCGGGACCAAGACCGGGACCAAGACCGGGACCAGGAUCAACGAUUCGACAUUGAAGCCGAUACCGAUACGGACAUCUUCACCGCAACAACCAAGCCCUUGAUCCUCGAUGACGUCGAGCGGUCAGCAGCAGCAUCAGAAGCAGCAAAUCCCUACACGCAACCGCACCCCGCGGCGCUCUCUUCUUCUGCCACUCAAGAGACUACGGCAGUUCAACUCCAACUCCGCCCAGGCGUCAAAGACCCGCUCACCUUUCUGUACUACAGCAUCGUGCUCACCAGCCUGACGGUCGUGUGCGCCAUCGUCAUCGGCAUCCUGCAACUGCUCUCGCUCAUCCUGAACGUGGCGUCGCCGACGGGCCGGUUCUGGGACGGCGUCGCCACCGCGGGCGACUACUACGAAGUCAUAGGCGGGGCCAUCUGUGGGAGUUUCGUCGUCUUCGGCGCCCUCGGCGUGCUGUGCUACAAGCCGUGGAGGGCGUGGGUUGAGCGCGAGAGAGCGCGACUUAGGGGGCUCGAGAGGGGCACAGCAGCAGCAGCAGCAGGCAGCGGCAAUGUACAUACAGGUAACGAGACCGUCUACGACGUGGACGACGAACCAGAGGCCGUGUACGUCGGGGAGGCCGAAUUGGUCGACGUGGACGCCAACACAGACGGUAAGGGGGGUACUAGUACCGUGACGAGGGGGAGGGUCGAUGGGAAAGCAUUCGACAGUCCUGCACAAGCGGCGGAUGUGGGGCCUCCUGGUGCAAGUGGAGGUGGAGAGGGAAGUCGUGCUUAA